AGUUGGUGGCGCGCGAAACCAACACAAUACGAUAUUCAAAAGAAAAUCGCAAGUGUUUCCAGAAAAAAAAAAGAUUCCGACGAAUUGAGAACCUUCUCCUUUUUUUGAAGUCGGUUAAAAAUUACGCGUAGUGUGCCGCCUUGUUAUUUACUACAAAAAAGUUUUAAAAGCUUUUAUUCUGAAGGUGAAAAAACGUUGAUUGUGAUAAUAUCGUUAAGUUUAGUUCAAAACAAUAAUAAAAGGUGGUGAUAUUUUGGAUAAUAGGGAAAGUACUGAAAUCAAGUAAUUGGCGAGAACAAUGAAAAGUCGAGGUUACGUUGUGAAGUGGUCUGUCAGGCGACUCUGUGAACGAGGCUUGAGGACCACCGUCCGUUCAUAUCAAGCGAAUGACGGUGCGGAUAGAGGUAAUCUAUCCAACCGACAAGUCCCGGGCCAAAGAACUAGGUCAACGCAUGCAGCCGCAACAUCAGUUCUGGAGACGCUGGUGCCUUCAGUGAAGUCCUGGGAUGAAGUGCCAGGCCCCAAGCCUUUGCCUCUGCUAGGAAACACCUGGAGAUUUAUCCCUUACAUUGGUGGUUAUUCAGUGGAACAUGUGGACAAAGUAUGCUUAUCGCUGCGCGAGAAGUAUGGCAAGUGCGUCAAAAUGGCCGGUCUGCUGGGUAGGCCAGACAUGCUUUUCGUCUUCGAUGCCAGUGAGGUGGAGAGGGUCUUUCGGGGAGAAGACGCUGCUCCACAUAGGCCAUCCAUGCCAUCUCUGAACUAUUACAAGCACACUUUGAGGAAAGACUUCUUCGGUGCUGAAAAGGAUUGCGGUGGAGUCAUUGCUGUACAUGGCGAUUCCUGGUCAGCAUUUCGAACCAAGGUUUCUCGUGUGGCUCUAAGCACUGGUGCAGCCGCGCAGUACACUGACCAAGUGGGGGAAGUUGCUGAUGCUUUUGUUAAUAGAAUCCGAGAAACAAGAAAUGCGGACAUGGAAACACCACAUGACUUUUUAAACGAAGUUCACAAAUGGUCUUUAGAAUCUCUAGGACUGAUCGCUCUUGACACCAGGCUCGGCUGUUUCGAGUCGCACGAAGGGUCCGAAAGCCAACGUUUGAUCGACGCGGUGAACACGUUUUUCCUCUGUGUUGGGGAGCUGGAGCUUAAGGCGCCGUGGUGGAGGAUCUACCCUACCACCAUGUUUAAGAGAUUUGUGGCUGCUCUUGAUACUAUCCUCAGUGUAACUCUGACACACGUAGAUAGAGCACUGAAGGAGUGCGAAGCGAAUGGAAGCAAGUCUCUGCUGCAAGACCUGGUGACUGCCGCCGGGCCCAGGGUCGCAGCUGUAGCAGCUCUUGACAUGUUCCUUGUGGGAAUUGACACGACCUCAAACGCUGUAGCAUCAACACUGUACCAACUGUCUUUACGACCAGACGUACAAGAGAAACUGCAUACGGAGAUCACAAAUGUGUUGCAAGGUCGCCCACUGAAGGCUGGAGAUGUCAGUCAGAUGCCGUAUUUAAAGGCCUGCAUCAAGGAAGUUUUAAGAAUGUAUCCAGUUGUAAUUGGUAACGGACGGCAGCUGACCAAAGAUACAAUAAUUUGCGAUUACAACAUACCUAAAGGAACCCAAGUGAUCUUCCAACACUACGUAAUGGGCAAUAGCGAGGAGUAUUUCUCGAAGGCAUCAGAAUUCCGCCCCGAACGUUGGAUCCAACGUGCCAACUACAAACAUCACCCGUUCGCGUCUCUGCCAUUCGGAUUUGGCAAACGGAUGUGCCUUGGCAGGAGAUUCGCCGAGUUGGAAAUGCAUGUCAUUAUUUGUAAGAUGGUUCAAGCCUUCAAAAUGGAGUAUCACCACGAGCCUCUGGACUACCACGUGCAUCCGAUGUACACACCCAACGGACCAAUACGUUUAAAAUUAACUGAACGAUAAUUUAUAGUUUAUAUUUAAGUAAUUUAGUAGUAAUCCCUAAAAAAAUAUAAUUAAUAGAAAAAUAUUAUGGAAGAGCGUCUUUCCACGGACCACAGCACGACACGGCAAAAUUCAGGAACACCGAGCUGUAAUAUAAUACUAACAGUACCAUAUAAUUACCUACUAAUUAACUCAAUUAUAUAAGACGUAAAAAACAAAAUAAAAAAAUUGGAAACGGCUUUUUGGCUUGUUCGUUGAUGGCGCUACUAAGCAAGGAAGCUUAUGGAAUCACACUAAGUUUGUAUGUGUGUGUGUGUGUGUAUGUUUGUUACUCCUUCACGCAAAAACUACCAGACGGAUUUGGCUGAAAUUUGGAAUGGAGAUAGAUAAUAUCCUGGAUUAGCACAUAGGCUACUUUUUAUCCCGGAAAAUCAAAAAGUUUCCACGGGAUUUCGAAAAACCUAAAUCCACGCGGGCGAAGCCGCGGGCAUCGGCUAGUCAGAUAAUAUAUAACAAUUUCGCUCG